AUGGGUGGUGAGUGGGGACUGGGGGUUGGUUCACAUACCAACACACAUGAUGUAAAGACAUAUCCAUAUCGAUGUGGUCGAGCGCCACAGUGGAGUUUAUGGAAACACCGAAAUUUGAGAGUAUGGGAGGAUGUUACAGAAACAAGCGCCACAGUGGUCGAGCGUGCCAGGCAUUUGGUUGAAGACUGGCAGCUAGCGAACACCCCAGAUAUUCGUGCGACUAGCUUAACUCAUCAGCAAACAACCGCCUCCUCUUCUCACGACCACCGCAUUACAUGGCAGCUUCCUGGAGUAGGCCGAUAUAAAUGUAAUAUUGAUGCAGCUUUCUCUUCUCAUGUCAACCGUACAGGUAUCGGUAUGUGUGUUCAAGAUGCAGAAGGUACAUUUGUUCUGGCUAAAGCUUUUACAUAUCCUUGUAAUGUAUCGGUGGAUGUAGGUGAAGCCUUAGGGUUGCAUUCUGUUGUACAAUGGUUGAGUGACAUGCAGUUUGAUAAUAUGGAUUUUGAAACAGACUCGAAGUUGACAGCUGAUGCUUUCCUCUCUAGCAGGAACGACUUGUCCGAAUUUGGUUAA